UGGAAAAUGUCUCAACACCGUCACCAGAGGCAGUCGAGAGUCAUUUCUAGUUCACCAGUUGAUACUACAUCGGUGGGAUUUUGCCCAACAUUCAAGAAAUUUAAGAGGAAAGAUGAUGAGUGUCGGGCAUUUGUGAAGAGAGUCAUAAUGAGCCGUUUCUUUAAGAUAAUUAUGAUUAGCACUGUCACAUCGAAUGGCUUUUUUAUGGCCUUGUGGACCAGUUAUGACAUAAGAUACCGCUUGUUCAGACUUCUAGAGCUCUCGGAGAUCUUCUUUGUGUCCAUCUGCACAUCUGAGUUGUCCAUGAAGCUCUAUGUGGACCCCAUCAACUACUGGAAGAACGGCUACAACCUGCUGGAUGUGAUCGUUAUCAUCAUUAUGCUUCUCCCCUAUACCGUCCGUGAGCUCAUGGGCAGACAGUUCACUUACGUGCAUAUCGCUGAUGGCAUGCAGUCCCUGCGCAUCCUCAAGCUUAUCGGCUAUAGCCGGGGCAUCCGGACGCUGAUCAUUGCUGUGGGACAGACAGUCUACACUGUGGCCUCUGUGCUCCUCCUGCUCUUCCUCCUCAUGUACAUCUUUGCUAUCUUGGGCUUCUGCCUGUUUGGAUCUGCAGACAAGGGUGACCAUGAUAACUGGGGGAACCUGGCUGCGGCUUUCUUCACCCUCUUCAGCUUGGCCACGGUUGAUGGCUGGACAGACCUGCAGAAGCAGUUGGACAAUCGGGAAUUUGCUUUGAGCCGGGCAUUCACCAUCAUCUUCAUCUUGCUCGCCUCUUUCAUCUUCCUCAACAUGUUCGUGGGUGUGAUGAUCAUGCACACAGAGGACUCCAUCAAAAAGUUUGAGCGAGAGCGGAUGUUGGAGCGGCAGGUGACGCUCAUGGGAGAGAAGCAGGUGAUUCUGCAGCGGCAGCAGGAGGAGAUCAGCAGGCUGAUGCAUAUACAGAAAAAUGCUGACUGCAAAAGUUUCAGUGAGCUGGUGGAGAACUUUAAGAAGACCUUGCACCACACUGACCCCAUGGUCUUGGAUGAUUUUGGCACUAGCCUACCCUUCAUUGAUAUCUACUUUUCCACUCUGGACUAUCAGGACACAACUGUCCGCAAGCUUCAAGAGCUGUACUAUGAGAUCGUGCAUGUGCUGGGCCUAAUGCUGGAAGACUUGCCCCAAGAGAAGCCCCAGUCCUUGGAAAAGGUGGAUGAGAAGUAGCUGGGCAUGGGGACACCCAUGUGCUGAGAGCCUUGCAGACUAUGACAGGUGCCUAUUAAACACAGGCUUUCUGAGUUGUCCUC